AUGCAGAGUUUUCAAUCCGAUCUUAAAUAUAUACGUGAGGCACUCAAUCUAUUAAUUGAUAAGCUCUUACCUUACAUAGAGCAGAAGCAAAUUCUCUAAUUUUGCAAAGUAUUGAAGAAUAAAAUAGCCGAUGAUAAAGUAACACCAUUUUCUAUAUACAUGGAAACUUAAAAAAAUUUCGAAGGAAGUCAAACCAAGCCUGUCAGAUUGAACAGUACGUCUGAUGAGAAGUUUACGAACUCAGUUCUAAGUAAACUAAAAUUGGCAUAGACUGAAUUCAAGAAUAAUACUCAGCAAUUUGCAUCUAUUUAUAAUUCAGUGAAAGAGAAUGUUGAAUCUGUUUAUGUUACAAGUUAAGAGCUACAAAUAAUGAUGAAUGAGAAGCAAAUAUAGAUGUAAAACAAGGCAGAACAAAGAUAAGAUUAAAUUCGAAGAGUCUCAAUUUAUAGCAAAUAAAACAAGCAAAAAACAGAUACUGAUGUUCAAGAAGAAAAGCCAAAAGAAUAUAAAAUAGAAAUAAAAUCAGUGGAUAAAAACGUGAUCAAAUCUGAUAACAAAAUUGGCUCUAAAAACGACCUAAAAUUGGAAACCAAGGGUGAUAUUAAUACAGACUUUAAAUAUUCUUUCGAAGGCUCUAGGAGGGAUUUAUUUUCUACUUAGGAGUAAAUCCCUAAUCAAAGGAUUACUCCAACAAACUAAUAGUAAGGUUAAAUUAAAGUUGAGAAACCCUUAACUUAAUAAUCUCCAUUAUGCUAUUAAUAACUCAAACCUUAAAACAUCGUCUAAACACCAAACAAUUAUCCCAAAACUUCCCCUAAUUCAUAUACUUAAUUACCUCUAUAAAAAAAUUCUCAAACAACUCCUUUCACUUAUGUUCAAUAAUCAUCAUUAGGAUAAAUUAUGUAUACUCAAAGUGAUUAAAAAUAAACUUCUCAAAUGGGAUCUUAUGUUCCAAAUUAUGAUUUAUUGGCUAGAGUAGACUAAUUGCUUUAAAAGACCAAAAUCGGUACUUAAGCUUAGAAUAACAUUCCUUGCUUAACAAAUAGAAUAUGA